AUGGUACGUGAUGAAGACUCCGAGGUGGAGAGUACUCCGCGGACAAUAUGUCGUGGACUCCGAGAACAACAUGUCUUGGACUUCGAGGUACCUUUAGUGGAGGGCUUUGAGGUGCCUUUAGGGGAGGGCUUCGAGGUUCCCUUAGUGGACUUUGAGGUACCCUUAGUGGAAGACUCCAAUGUGUCUUUAGUGGACUUCGAGGUACCCUUAGUGGAGGGCUUCGAGGUGCCUUUAGUGGAGGGCUUCGAGGUGCCUUUAGUGGACUUUGAGGUACCCUUAGUGGAAGAUUUCGAGGUGUCUUUAGUGGAUUUCGAGAUACCCUUAGUGGAGGGCUCCGAGAUGUCUUUAGUGAAGGAUUACGAGGUACCUUUAGUGCCGAGAUGA